UUAAAAAUAAUUAAAUUUAUUUUAAUAGUUAUUUUUAAAAUACUCUUACUAAAAAAAUUAUUUUCCAUAAUUUUCUCAAACGAUAAUGCUUCCAAAAGAAGAAAAUUGAAAAUCACAAUUUCAUCCGUAUGCCUAUAUAAGUAUAUAUCACCUCAGGUAUGAAACAAGGUUACACUAUUUCUUUUUCAUUCAAUUGUCGGUCCUUCGUCAAGGGAAAGCUGCGAGAACGCAUCAUGCUGAAAAACCCAGAGGAAGAGCACCCCAAGAAGGCGUUUGGGUGGGCAGCUAGAGUUCAAUCUGAGGUUCUAUCUCCCUUCAAAUUCUUCAGAAGAGCAACAGGAGAGAAGGAUGUGGCUCUGAAAGUGCUCUAUUGUGGGAUAUGCCACUCAGAUGUACAUAUGAUCAAUAACGAUUGGGGACUCUCCUACUAUCCUCUUGUGCCAGGUCAUGAGAUUGUCGGUGAAGUAAAUGAAGUGGGAAGCAAAGUAGAAAAGUUCAGAGUUGGAGACAAAAUUGGGGUGGGUGUCAUAGUGGGAUCAUGUCGCUCCUGCGAGAACUGCGCCAACAAUCUUGAGAACUACUGCCCUAAUUAUAUACUAACCUAUUCAUCGAAGGACUACGACGGCACUAUAACAUAUGGAGGCUAUUCGGACAUCUUGGUUGUAAACGAGCACUUCGUAGUUCAUAUCCCCGAAAAAUUGCCUCUCCAUGCUGCUGCUCCCCUUCUCUGCGCUGGGAUCACAGUUUAUAGUCCACUGAGAUAUUUCGAACUUGAUAAGCCAGGUUUGCAUCUUGGUGUUGUUGGCCUGGGCGGGCUAGGCCAUAUGGCUGUGAAAUUUGCCAAGGUUAUGGGGGCCAAGGUGACAGUUAUCAGUACUUCUCCUCACAAAAAGAAGGAAGCUAUGGAAAAUCUCGGAGCUGAUUCAUUUUUGGUUAGCUACGAGCAAGAUCAACUAGAGGCUGCCAGAGGCUCAAUGGAUGGUAUCAUCAACACAAUAUCUGUGCAACAUUCUUUGCUGCCAUUGAUUCGUCUACUCAAGUCGCACGGAAAGCUUAUAAUGCUUGGCGGUACUGUGAAGCCACUUGAGCUACCAAUUAUUCCUUUGUUAGCAGGUGCUGCAAAUGACACUAUGACAGGGAGGAAGAUUAUCGGAGGUGGCGUGAGUGGAGGAAUGAAAGAAACUCAAGAGAUGAUUGAUUUUGCCGCCAAGCACAACAUUAUACCGGAAGUUGAAGUUAUUCCAAUGGAGUAUGUAAACACUGCCAUGGAACGCCUCGUCAAGGCAGACGUUAAGUACAGGUUUGUUAUCGAUAUUGGAAACACAUUAAAGAACUCAUGCCCUUAAUUUUCUUUCCUUGUUAUCAUAUGAAAACUGAGUAUGUUUGUAUGUUAUAAAGUGUGUAUAUAUAUAUACAUAUAUAUGGGUUAA